UUCAGAAAACACAGUAGUGGAGAUUUACACAGUCGCCUGAAAACCAGAAAAUUAUUAGGAGUUGGUGAAACAGAUGAUGGUGAUGUUCACAGAUCAAAGUUGAGUCAGAUAUUAGGCCACAGUGAUCAGUUAUAUGUACGAUUACCACCUGGUUUAAGAAUAUGGCAAUUAAUAUUAGCUAUAAUUUUCACAGUAGUUGCACUAUGGGCAUUAGCAUUUCCAUCUCAUUUAUUUGACAUCACCUUAGAAUCAGAAGAGGGGAAAUAUUUAUCAUUACCAAUUAGAUUAUAUGGUACAGCAUUACUCAGUUUAUCACUGGUGUAUUGGGGUACAUUACAAAGUUCAGAUCGUGAAAUAAUACGCAUGGCAUUACUGUCAAGUAUUGUUUAUUUCACUCUUCAAAUGAUCGUUUCAGCUUUUUCCCUCCCUGUUCGUGAUAUUUUGCCUGUUAGUCCGUUAGUUCUGAUGUGCUGUCGGCUUGUUCUCAUCGUGUUCAGUGCCUAUUUCUACUGGAGUGUUAGUAAUCGAGAUUGGAGAGGCAAAGAUUAUCGCUACUGUUACUAA